CAUGGAAUUUAAUAGUCACGUGUAAUUGUUGAUAAAUCGUUGUCAAAUAGGGAUGUUUAACCGCUUUCGCUUUCACUUGUUGACCUGAUGGAAGAAUUUCGUAGAGUAAAGGUUCAAAGCUGAAUUUCUGCAUACUGUAACGCCAUCCUUAAAGUGGUUCAUAAUGAUAUUUUACUGGAUUCCCGUGUGUUCCUUGUUUUUUGUUGUUGAUGCCAGUAAUUUGAAAAAUGCGUCUGUUACAUUCGACAAACAGACAGGAAAAUUUGUGAUUCACGACUUCAUUGCUGAGAACUCAGUUGCAUACGGCACCUUUUUGGACGAAAUUUUUACGACUGGGUGGUCAUAUUUGGAAGUGAAGACUAAUGAUUUAUUCUCAGAUCCAAUGCAGGCCUACAGUGCUGGCCUUGUUGAAGGAUUUCUAACUUCUGAUUUACUUCGAAAGCAUUGGAAUAAUUUAGCUGCUGAUUAUUGCAAGGGAGAAGAGUCUUACUGUAAACGCCUAGGAUCAUUUCUGCAGAAAAAUUUAGAUUUUAUAAACAGUAAUGUAAAAACUAGAAGACAGUAUAAUGUAUAUUGGCAUCAAGUAGCUUUAACUUUAGAGCAGCUGCAUGGCUUAGAAGAUGGGUUCAAGAAUAUAACCAGUGAGCCAUCUACUGAAGUAGAUGUUUUAGGUUUCUUAUUACUUAAUAUCAUGGGUGAUUUAGAAGAUUUAGAAGUUGUUCUUAAAAAGAACAAUUUGAAAAAGGUGCUUGGGAGUGGAUCUUGCUCAGGUUUAGUGAAGGUUCUUCCAAAUAAUGAAAACCUAUAUGUUGCCCAAGAUACCUGGUCUGGCUAUAAUUCUAUGCUGCGCAUUUUAAAAAAGUAUAGUUUCAGCUUCCAUACUGCUAUGAAUGAAGGCUCUCCAGUAAUUCCUGGUCAUACAAGCACAUUCUCUUCUCAGCCUGGUCUUAUAUUUUCUCAAGAUGAUUUUUAUCUGAUAUCAUCUGGGCUUGUUGCAAUAGAAACUACUAUUGGAAAUAGCAAUACAAGUUUGUAUGACUUUGUUACUCCAGAAGGAGCAAUUUUAGAAUGGCAAAGGAACAUUAUUGCCAACAGAUUGGCAAAGGAUGGAAGGCAGUGGGCAAAUUUAUUUGAAAUCAUGAAUAGUGGCACGUAUAAUAAUCAGUGGAUGAUUGUAGAUUAUAAAAAAUUCAUGCCUGGAAAGCCUCUUCAAGAUGGACUGUUGUGGGUGCUGGAACAGUUACCUGGCUAUACACAUAGUGAAGAUGUGACAAAACUUUUGAGAGAUCAAGGCUAUUUCCCGUCAUAUAAUGUUGCCUAUUUUCCAGAUGUCUUCAAUUUAAGUGGAGCCCAAAUCAAUGCCCAGAAAUAUGGAGACUGGUUUACAUAUGAUAAAUGCCCUCGUGCCAUGAUAUUCAGAAGAGAUCAAGGAAAAGUUUCUGAUGUACCAAGCAUGAUCAAAUUGAUGAGAUACAAUGAUUAUACAAAUGAUCCUUUAUCUCGUUGCAACUGUACACCUCCUUAUAGUGCAGAAAAUGCCAUUUCUGCUCGCUGUGAUCUCAAUCCCAUUAAUGGAACUUAUCCAUUUGCUGCUUUAGGCCACAGACAGCAUGGAGGUACAGAUAUGAAGUUAACAACAUUUGAUCUGUUUCAAAAUAUGGAAUUUGUGGCAUUUGGAGGCCCCACAUACGAUCCCUUACCACCAUUUCAGUGGAGCAAAUCAGAUUUUGACAAAGUGGUGAAGCAUGAUGGCCAUCCUGAUCUGUGGAAGUUCAAACCUAUAAUACAUAAAUGGAUUAAUUGAGCUAAGUUUAAACUUGUGAUAUUGUGAGAAGUGAUUUGUUGCAUAUGAAAUUGAUAUAAGAAAUGUUGUUGUUUUAUAACAAAAAUAAAUUAUGAUACUGAAAAUGUAAGUACAGGUAUAUUUAACUGCAUUUUUUUGUGCUAUAAAUCCUUAAAUUUUUUUAAUGUAAAGUCAUUUCUAUAUAGAAAACUAGAAAAGUGAUUUGCUGCAUUACUUAACUGAAAGUUCUUCAGCCUUAAAAAGCAAUGAUACAGGCAGCUUUAUUAAUAUUUAUUGUAUAGAACAACUUUAUUAUAUAUUUUUAUCAACCAAAAAUUGUGGUUAAAAUAAUUUUUUUUUAUAAUAAAUGCUCUGAAAUGUAUAUUUUUAAAGGCAUGAUAUUUUUAUCUAAAUGCUGGUUAAUGACUGAAUUUUUGUAUUGCAUUAGGAAUUUACAAUGUGAAAAAUGUCACAAGAACAACACAUUUAUGCAAUUUCAUUGCUCAAUGGAUACUUUUCCUUCCAAAGUAUUUUUAAUCAGUUCCUGAUUUGUACAUAUAAUUAUUUUUAUAAUUUUCACCCAUUUAUGUGCAUGGACAAUGCUGGCUUAUAAUAAAAUUUAUUAGAAUGUU